AGUUUUCUGUUUUAGUCCGCGUGCACUAACCAUACUGAGCGGUCAUUUAGUGCUCACUAUUUUCGUUCACAAUACGUCUCGUGUUAUAAGUGCCUGUGAUUUGUGAUUAACUGUACGGAUGACUGAUAUUUCUAUAUCCUUUCUGGUGGACCGUGAAAAGCAAGGAGGCGUGAUGGAAAGUUGCUAUAAAUUGUACACAUGGAUCAACCAUACUUUAUUGAUGCUAUUAAUGCAAAUACUAUGGAAAAUAAGCCAAAUUUCCAACUAUUUUAAACAAAAAUCCGUUGAAGAAAAUAAGUCGGAAAGAACAUUCGUCUUAACACCUCUCACCAGAGACUACAAAUUUAGAAGACACAUACGUUCAAUGUCGGAUGUCCAAAACAGUACUCCUUACAGGAUCCCUUACCGGUCUAAGAAAAACUUCUCACUCACCUACGACUCCGACACUAGGUCGAGGAGAUUGCCCUACUGUCUACCAUUCGACUCGUCAGAUUCUAGUGAUUUCUGCGAAUUACCAAAAAGAAGUAUAGAAUACGAGAUCUUAAAGCAUUCGGACUCAAUGCGCGUAUUAUAAGAUCUGUGGAUUUGCUGACCGCACAAAUGUUACCAGCACAAGAAAAUGUUAGAAGUCUAACAUGCUUAUAUUUUGGACUACAGGCGUAGUUCUAACUGGAAUGCGAAUGUUUCAUUUUAAUUACGUCCAGGCGGACAAGAUGCCGGCAAGAAAAAUAGAUUUCUCUGACAAUUUUGACAAUUGACAUAAAAGUCAAGCACGAUGUGAAUAUGAAACUACAUAGUGUUGUUAUUUGGAUCAUAAUUUUAUUAAUUUUCACUUGUUUUAUAGCACUGCGAACAGCCCAUAACUUCUUUUACAAGUAAUAUAUGACGACAAUCUUAGUAAAAAUGCUAGAAAUUAUAGAUUUUAUUAAUCAUAUUUCUUGGCAGUCCUACUUAUUUUCGUUAAAAGAUUAACACUUAAAGUCAUCCGACAGAUAGAUUAUAGUAGUUUCUCACUUUACAACUCUCUUUCCGCACAUAACUGUAAUGCUAAAACGCUAUAAUAGCAAAACUCUUUUUAAUAAAGAAAUAUUAAUGCUCCUCUAUAUAAUAUUUUGUUAAAUUUAACCUUUAGAAAUCGUUGACCUCGUUAUCGAUUAACGCAUACAAGCUUCAAAGAGAAUUUAUCUAUAGAACCUAAAAUAGUUAUCAGUUGAUAAAAAUCCUAAUUAUCUCUUCAUUGGAACUAUGACAGAUAAGCUUUUAAUUUUCUAAUGUAAUGUAAAUUUAAAUUAUUCUGGUGUUUGUGAGUUUAAAAAUCUAAAAAAAACUUCAUUUUCAAGGCAAAGGAAAAUAAAAAAUGCAUUAACACAGACUAUAUAAUACACAGCUGUAGGUUGUCAUUACUUAUGGUAAACAUAAUAAAUCUUAAUUUGUCUUGAAGCUGUUUUAUUAUUGUUUAGAACAUACAAGUAAUCUGUUCAUGCUCGACUAAUUACGUUUAUUGUUAAGCUUUUCUUAAACUUUUGUGUUGGUUAAUGUGUCCAAUUACUACUAAUAACUAACCUAAGUGAUUAAAUGAGACUGUGAUCGUGUUAGGAAAAUAACUGUAAUUAUUUAAACGUAAGAAAGGAUAUAGUUAAGUUAAUUAUUAAGUAUAAUUUUAUAUGUAUAAACGGAUAAUAUGCCAUAACAUGUCCUAAUUCUUCAUUUUAUUUGGGGCUAAGAAGACUGUAUCUAAUGUACGAAAUCUGUAAUGAUUUUUAAUCAAUUUAAAAUUAUAUAAAAGCCCUACCUCGAUUUAAUUCAGUAAAAGUUAUCAUCUUUAUAAUAUAUAUUAUGAUUUAAAAUAUGUACGUUAAAGCACUUGAAUAAAGUCGCUCACUUAUUUUGUGUGUGGGUCUAGUUUUCCAUGUUUGAUAAAUUAUUUAUAACGUAUUGUAUCAAAAUAAUAGUUUUUGAAAAUGUGAAAUUUUAAUCAGAUAAAUUUAUCAAAGUCUUAAUACUUUAAUUACACUUAUUAAACCGUUCAUAAAAAUACUACAAUUAAUAUAUACCCCCAUAAAUUAACAAUAAAAUUUGAACAAAAGCAACCAUUCUUGUGAUAAGUUAUUUUGUUUUUGUUCUGACUGGACAAUAUUAUGCCAUAAAUAUUUUCAAUUUAUUUUGUACACGAUUUAUGAAAUAAAGAAUAUAUUCAAAAUUAUUAUUAAUUAAACGGUAUUCACAGCAUCUAUGGUAGGUAUUGAGAUAAUAUUGAUACCUGUGACAGUAGGUAUAAACAGAAGCGUUGAUACCUAAAAUCUAACACAAUGACUAAUUACUUUGAAGGUAAACAACAUUUGUGAAAAUAAAUUUAUUUUAUAAUUUGA